AUGGCAGGUGUUGGGAACCAGUAUGAUAGCGCUGAGGAUCAAGCAGAAGCUUUACAAGUAGAUGACGGACGUAACAUGAAAUCGUGGAAGGACAAACCAAUGACUGGAUACAAAUGCGACCAGAAGAAAGGUAUAUUAAGGACUCCUUCAGAAAUCGGCACCAGCGCGAUUGGUGUACAGAACGGGUCUCGCAGAACUUCACGGAAAAUGCACGCGCCUCCCAGAGGUUUGGUGUACGCAAUUUACUACACAGCUCUUGCUGUGAUCGCGGUUCCAGUUAAUGUCGUGGCGAUUGUGAUCCUGUCCAGAGGUAACUGCGGCCUGACAAGAUGUAUCAGCCGGUACCUCGUGUCCAUGGCGGUGACGGAUCUUCUGGUAAUUAUCACUGCCGUGAUAUUAAACCGGAUUCCAGCUAUUUAUUUCCCAGGUAGUUUCCUCUCCAUCACACCCGUGUGCAGUUUCAGCAUUGCAAUAAUUUACGCCGCCAGGGACAGUUCGGUUUGGUUGACAGUCAUGUUCACUUUUGACCGAUAUGUCGCCAUCUGCUGGCAGAAACUCAAAGUAAAGUAUUGCACCCACAGAACCGCCGGCAUUGUCGUCUCGGUCGUCUGUACUUUGGGCUGCGUGAUCAAUAUUCCCUGGUAUUUUAUGAACGAACCAAUCUAUGUCAUUGAUAACGUGCCCUGGUAUUGCAAACAGAGGGAUAUCCGUUAUACUUUUCUGUUGUGGACUAUAUUUGAUUGGGCCGAUCGCGUUGUGACACCUUGCCUCCCGUUCCUGCUUAUUAUCUCGUUCAACACUCUGACUGUCAGUCACAUUUUGGUGGCCAAUCGUGCCCGUAGAAGACUCCAAAGUUGCCCCACGGGAGAGAGACAGAGCGACCCGGAGAUGGAAAGCCGCAGGAAGUCGAUCGUCCUGCUCUUUGCAAUCUCGGGAUGUUUCAUCCUUCUGUGGAUGCCAUAUGUUGUCUACUUCUUUGUUCAUCGAUUUCAAGUUGGUGAUGCAAUUAUUGGUUACAGCGAUCCCAGAUAUAUCCUGAUGGAAAUUGCCAAUGUGCUUCAAAUGUUGAGUUGUUGCACAAACACGUUUAUUUACGCAGUGACUCAAAAUAAGUUCAGGAAGGAGCUGAAGAACCUGAUAUAUCCACGGAACAUUUCACAUUCGUUGUCUAAGUAG